AUGUACGGUCGUCACAUUGAACCACCUACUAUGUACGAUCGUCACAUUGAACCACAUACUAUGUACGAUCGUCACAUUGAACCACCUACUAUGUACGGUCAUCACAUUGAACCACCUACUAUGUACGGUCGUCACAUUGAACCACCUACUAUGUACGAUCGUCACAUUGAACCACCUACUAUGUACGAUCGUCACAUUGAACCACCUACCAUGUACGAUCGUCACAUUGAACCACCUACCAUGUACGAUCGUCACAUUGAACCACCUUCUAUGUAUGAUCGUCACAUUGAACCACCUACCGUGUAUGAUCGUCACAUUGAACCACCUACCAUGUACGAUCGUCACAUUGAACCACCUACUAUGUACGGUUGUCACAUUGAACCAGCUACCAUGUACGAUCUUCACAUUGAACCACCUACCGUGUAUGAUCGUCACAUUGAACCACCUACCGUGCAUGAUCGUCACAUUGAACCACCUACCGUGUAUGAUCGUCACAUUGAACCACCUACCGUGUAUGAUGGUCACAUUGAACCACCUACUAUGUACGAUCGUCACAUUAAACCACCUACCAUGUACGAUCGUCACAUUGAACCACCUACCAUGUACGAUCUUUACAUUGAACCACCUACCGUGUAUGAUCGUCACAUUGAACCACCUACUAUGUAUGAUCGUCACAUUGAACCACGUACCGUGUAUGAUCGUCACAUUGAACCACCUACCGUGUAUGAUGGUCACAUUGAACCACCUACUAUGUAUGAUCGUCACAUUGAACCACUUUCCAUGGACGAUCGUCACAUUGAACCACCUACUAUGUACGAUCGUCACAUUGAACCACCUACCAUGUACGAUCUUCACAUUGAACCACCUACCAUGUACGAUCGUCACAUUGAACCACCUACCGUGUAUGAUCGUCACAUUGAACCACCUACCAUGUACGAUCGUCACAUUGAACCACCUACUAUGUACGAUCGUCACAUUGAACCACCUACCUUGUAUGAUCGUCACAUUGAACCACCUACCGUGUAUGAUCGUCACAUUGAACCACCUACCAUGUACGAUCGUCACAUUGAACCACCUACCGUGUAUGAUCUUCACAUUGAACCACCUACCGUGUAUGAUGGUCACAUUGAACCACCUACUAUGUACGAUCGUCACAUUAAACCACCUACCAUGUACGAUCGUCACAUUGAACCACCUACCAUUUACGAUCUUUACAUUGAACCACCUACCAUGUAUGAUCGUCACAUUGAACCAGCUACCAUGUACGAUCGUCACAUUGAACCACCUACCGUGUAUGAUCGUCACAUUGAACCACCUACUAUGUACGAUCGUCACAUUAAACCACCUACCAUGUACGAUCGUCACAUUGAACCAGCUACCAUGUACAAUCGUCACAUUGAACCACCUACCGUGUAUGAUCGUCACAUUGAACCACCUACCGUGCAUGAUCGUCACAUUGAACCACCUACCGUGUAUGAUCGUCACAUUGAACCACCUACCGUGUAUGAUGGUCACAUUGAACCACCUACUAUGUACGAUCGUCACAUUAAACCACCUACCAUGUACGAUCGUCACAUUGAACCACCUACCAUGUACGAUCGUCACAUUGAACCACCUACCGUGUAUGAUCGUCACAUUGAACCAGCGACCAUGUACGAUCGUCACAUUGAACCACCUACCAUGUACGAUCGUCACAUUGAACCACAUACUAUGUAUGAUCGUCACAUUGAACCACCUACCGUGUAUGAUCGUCACAUUGAACCACCUACCGUGUAUGAUCGUCACAUUGAACCACCUACCGUGUAUGAUGGUCACAUUGAACUACCUACUACGUACGAUCGUCACAUUGAACCACCUACCAUGUACGAUCGUCACAUUGAACCACCUACUAUGUACGAUCGUCACAUUGAGCCACCUACUAUGUACGAUCGUCACAUUGAACCACCUACUAUGUACGAUCUUCACAUUGAACCACCUACCAUAUACGAUCGUCACAUUGAACCACCUACCAUGUACGAUCUUUACAUUGAACCACCUACCAUGUACGAUCGUCACAUUGAACCACCUACCGUGUACGAUCGUCACAUUGAACCACCUACCAUGUACGAUCGUCACAUUGAACCACCUACCGUGUAUGAUCGUCACAUUAAACCAGCUACCCUAUUUACGACCUUCGUAAGAGAACAGCGUGAGCAACCCUUUGCCCUCAUGGAGAAUAGCAUGGGCACCCUUUUGACCUCAUGGAUAACAGCGUGGGCAACCCUGUGCCCACACGGAGAAAAGCAGGGUACCCAUCUACCCUCAUGGAGAACAGCGUGGGCCCCUUCUUCCCUCAUGGAGACCAGCAUGGGCACCCUUCUGCCCUCAAGGAGAAAAGCUUGGGCACCAUUCUGCCCUCAUGAAGAAUAG